AGCUCUCUAGCGCUGUUGCAAACCUCGACGCGCAGCUCGCAUCAUGCUCGAGCCUUAAAAGCCUUAGGUGAGAUUGGCUACUGGCGAUCAGCCGUUGCGGCGCUGUCGUACUUGGUGGUGGAGGCGGAAGUUGCCGAGUCUUCUGCUGCUGCUGGACGUGGUCUUGGAGUACUAGAAGAUCAUGCUCGACAUGUUGAACCAAGCAUUCAUGCCAUGGUCUGGGCUGCUGCCUUACAUGCAGUCUCAAAAGCAUGUGAAUGGCAAAUGUGUGAGAGGUUGUUGGUGGAACUGGGUGGAAGACUAGAAGGAAACGACGACGGAGAAGCGUCCUCUGCGGUCCCUGUUGACUGCCACAACGCUCUUCUCCACUCCUCUGCGGUCCCUGUUGACUGCCACAACGCUCUUCUCCACUCCUCUGCGGUCCCUGUUGACUGCCACAACGCUCUUCUCCACUCCUCUGCGGUCCCUGUUGACUGCCACAACGCUCUUCUCCACGCCUAUGCCUUAGCAGGACAAGCGAAAAGAGCGAUUGAACAUCUUCUCGGCGACGGCGUGGUGCCGAUGCACAGGCGAACUCCACAGAGCUAUACAUGCGUGAUGCAAGCAUGUGAACGAGCAAAGAAUUUCGUGGCUGCAAGAAGAAUAUUCGCGAUGAUGUUGCGUGAUCAGGAUGAAGGGGCGGGCGGAACGAGUGGGGUAUCGUCUGCCUCCGUGGGUGGAAGUGUUCUAUCAGAAACAGAAAGCAGUUUAAGGGUAGGUUAA